AUGGCAAGGCUUACCCAAGUUUUAAUUUUCUUUGUUGUAACUCUAAGCUUCCUAUCCCUCCCUAACCUCAUCUACUCAGAAGACGUUCCCCAACCUCCAGUUUGUCAAUUUCAUGUUCAGGGACAAAUUUAUUGCGACACAUGUCGUGCUGGAUUCAUUACUGAACUUAGCGAGUUCAUCGCAGGUGCCGGUGUACGUCUCCAGUGUAGAGACAGUAAGAAAGGAAACAUAACAUUUACUGAGGUAGGUUACACGAGAGCGGAAGGACUCUAUAGCAUGUUAAUUGAACGCGAUCACAAAAACGAGUUUUGUGAAGUCAAUUUGCCUUCGAGCAGCAGAAAAGAUUGUGAUGAAAUCCCUAUUGAAGGAUGGGUAAGACCAUCAUUGAGAUUUAUACUCAACACAGUAAAUGGUACCACACGCACAAUAAAACCUCUUGGAUUCUUCAAGAAUAAAGCUCUUCCAAAAUGUCCACAAGUCUUUAAUAAGUUGGGUAUGUAUCCUCCAGAUCUUUGA